UAACACCGACGCCGCUUCCGGCUAAUGAGGACACGUCACUCAUUGGACUGAGGAAGAGGACCCGUGCAGACUGCAGAGCUAGCUCGUUGCUAAAUUAGACGACACAAAUCAUGUCCAACUCGGUCAUAUCGGUGAUCUCCCGGUUCCUGGAGGAGUACACCACCACCACCCCCAACAAGCUCAAGGUGGUGGACGCGUAUCUGCUGUACAUCCUGUUGACGGGAGCGCUGCAGUUCCUCUACUGUCUGCUCGUCGGCACCUUCCCCUUCAACAGCUUUCUGUCAGGCUUCAUCUCGUGUGUGGGCGCCUUCAUCCUCGCAGUGUGUCUUCGUAUCCAGAUCAACCCACAGAACAAAGGAGAGUUCCUGUCCAUCUCCCCAGAGAGGGCUUUCGCUGACUUCCUAUUCGCUCACACCGUCCUCCAUCUGGUCGUGAUGAACUUCAUUGGUUGAAACAGAUGUGUAUCUGGCUCACAGCGUCCCCCUCUCAGAAGAUCGCAACAAGAAAAGUCAUCAAAACUCCCCUUCAAGACACAAUGCUACUUCUGCUGUCGUGCCACUGAUUUGGAGAGUCCCAUCAGGUCAUCAACACUGACUGAGUCUCAUCUGGUCACACAUGAUGCAGUGCAGUUUUCUUACCGAUAAAGGUUGAUUUCGUACAUUUUGUUUGUUUUGUUUUUUAAUGUUGAAAUUUGUAAAGCAUUCCCUUUUGCACUGAGAAGAUGAAAUAAAACAGUGAAAUGGUGACCUUG